CUUUGGUAACUUCAGGCAGGUAAGUACCGUGUAAAAAAUUCCCACAUCUCCACAUAUGGAAUGUCAUCAUGGAAUCAGACGGGUAUAAAAGAGCAUCUUCUGAGUGUGAACUCACAGGAGUCAAAGGCAGGAGGUUUCUAUGGAUACGAGGGCUUCCCACGCCACCACUGCCCUGCUGCUGUUGGGCCUGAUUACCGCCGGCCAUCCGCUGCAAGCCGCUGGGAGAUUAUUACUCCUCGGUGACUGUGCUGUCACGGUCCACACCUACGAGAUGCGUCGGGACUUUACCGAGAUGCGGCAGAUCAUGGUCACGGAUGAUAAACACAUCAGCACACGGCUCCUCACCAGACAGACCAUGAAGGAGCUCCAGCCUCUGGAGAGUUGCUGCUUCCUGAAGCACCUGCUCGGCUUCUACGUGGAAAGGGUCUUCAGUAGCUACGCCACCAACCAGUCCCAGUUCAGGAGGAACACGAGCAAUUUAGCCAACUCAUUCCUCAGUAUUAGGAACGAUCUGCGCAAAUGUCACGCACAGAUGCGGUGCGAAUGUGGAGAAGACAGUAAGGCCAGGCUGGCCGCCAUCCAUGACAGCUAUGAGAAGCUGGAGCCCCAGGAUGGCGCUGUGAAAGCCAUCGGGGAGCUGGACUCGCUGCUGGAGUGGAUGGAGACAUUCGGGGAUGGCGAGAAGUGAGCGUGCGAGUGCUGGACGCACGCCGGAGACUGGGUACAGGCAUGAGUCCCACAGGGAGCCAACACCGUUCUACACAAUGUGUACAUGCACCUGUAAUGUCUUAUUUAAGACAUUUAUUUAUUAACAGUAUUAAU